AGAGAGGGGGAGUGGUAGACAGGACAGGGCAGGCCCGGAUUCUCCCUGUUUUUAACCACCGCUCUCUCUCUCUCACUGACUCACAGGGGUGUUGCCUUGCCCGGACUCAGGACUCCAGCCUCCAGCCUGCAGCCUGCAGUUUAAACCCCCUGAUCCUCCUUCCAGCGUGGCUCAACCUCCUCCAGCAGCAGCAGCAGCAGGCCCUGUCUAAACCAGCCAGCCAGCAGGAGAAAGCAUGGUGUCCCACCCCGAGUUCGAGCGGGCAGGAAAGCAGCCUGGCCUGCAGGUGUGGAGGAUUGAGAAGUUUGACCUGGUGGCCGUGCCAGAGAACCUCUAUGGAGGAUUCUACACCGGCGAUGCCUACGUAAUCCUGAACACUAUCAAGCAGCGCUCUGGCAACCUGCAGUAUGACCUCCACUUCUGGCUCGGUGAUCACUGCACACAGGAUGAGAGUGGGUCAGCUGCUAUAUUUACAGUACAGAUGGAUGACUACCUGGGUGGAAAACCCAUCCAGUACCGGGAAGUCCAGGGCUUCGAAUCUAAAACCUUCCUGGGCUACUUCAAAAAAGGUCUGCAGUACAUGAAAGGAGGAGUGGCAUCAGGAUUCAAGCAUGUGGUCACCAAUGAGGUGGUGGUGCAGCGAGUGCUCCAGGUCAAAGGGCGCCGUGUUGUGAGGGCAACAGAGGUGCCAGUGAGCUGGGACAGCUUCAAUACCGGAGACUGCUUCAUCCUGGACCUGGGAAAUGAAAUCUACCAGUGGUGUGGAUCCAAAAGCAAUCGUUUCGAGAAGCUGAAGUCCACCCAGCUUGCUAAAGCUAUCCGAGACAAUGAGCGCAGUGGGCGAGCCCGGGUGUAUGUGUGUGACGAAGGGGUGGAGCGUGAGAAGAUACUUGAGGUUCUUGGAGAGAAGCCAGACCUGCCUGAAGGAGCUGGUGAUGACCUCAAAGCAGACGCUUCCAACAGGAAACUGGCUAAACUCUACAAGGUUUCAGACGCCAGUGGUUCCAUGACUAUGGCCUUGGUGGCCGAUGAGAACCCCUUCUCUCAGAGUGCUCUGGAGUCCACUGACUGCUUCAUUCUGGAUCACGGCUCUAAUGGCCAGAUCUUCGUAUGGAAAGGAAAGGACGCCAAUGUUGAGGAGCGCAAGGCAGCCAUGAAGGCGGCAGAUGAGUUUAUUAAGAAGAUGGGCUACCCCAAACAGACCCAGGUGCAGAUCCUUCCCGAGAUGGGCGAGACUCCACUGUUCAAGCAGUUCUUCAAGAACUGGCGCGACGUGGACCAGACGGAUGGCAUGGGCGUGGCCUACGUUUCCAACCACAUCGCCAAGAUCGAGAAGGUGCCGUUCGAUGCCUCCACGCUGCACGACUCGCCUGCCAUGGCGGCGCAGCACGGCAUGAUUGAUGACGGCAGAGGAGAUAAACAGAUCUGGCGUAUUGAAGGCGCAGACAAAGUUCCUGUUGACCCCUCUACUCACGGACAGUUCUACGGCGGAGACAGUUACAUCAUCCUUUACAACUACCGCCACGGAGGCAGACAGGGACACAUCAUCUACAUUUGGCAAGGUGUGGACUCCACCCAGGAUGAAAUUGGGGCGUCUGCUAUCCUGGCUGCUCAGCUGGAUGAUGAGCUGGGAGGAGGACCCGUUCAGGUGGCUGGUGUUCCUAUCACUACGCAGGUACGUGUGGUCCAGGGUAAGGAGCCAGCCCACCUGAUGAGUCUGUUUGGUGGGAAGCCCAUGGUGGUGUAUAAGGGAGGCACGUCCAGAGAGGGAGGUCAGAGUGCGCUGGCAGAGACCCGCCUCUUCCAAGUGCGCUCCAAUUCAGCCGGCUGCACCAGGGCUGUCGAGGUCGACGCUGUGUCCUCUAACUUGAACUCCAACGAUGCCUUCAUCCUGGUGACCCCAGCAGGAUCUUUCAUGUGGGUGGGCGUGGGGGCGAGUGACUCUGAGAAGCAAGGAGCUCAGGGACUGUGUGACAUUCUCGGAGUGUCUGCUUCUGAGAUCACAGAGGGAGGAGAGAGUGAUGAUUUCUGGGCGGCUCUUGGAGGAAAGGCAGCGUAUCGCACCUCCACCAGGCUGAAGGAUAAGAUGGAUGUUCACCCACCCAGACUGUUCGCCUGCUCCAACAAAACCGGGCGCUUCAUUAUUGAGGAGGUACCUGGGGAGAUGACUCAGGAAGAUCUAGCCACAGAUGAUGUUAUGAUCCUGGACACCUGGGACCAGGUGUUUGUGUGGGUCGGUAAUGAGGCACAGGAGGAGGAGAAGACCGAGGCAGUGGCUUCAGCUGCCCGCUACAUUGAGACUGACCCGGCCAAGCGUGACCCGCGCACGCCCAUCGUGAAGAUCAAGCAGGGCUCUGAGCCGCCCACGUUCACCGGCUGGUUCCUGGGCUGGGACCACGACUACUGGAGCAGCGACCCUCUGGAGCGAGCCAUGGCCGAGCUGGAGCUGUGAACCCUCACUCCUGACCCCGACCUUUAACUCCACUGCCUUAGUAGAAGUGUAGACUCUGCCUUUUUCACUGGGAUAGAUGGAGCUCAUGGAGCUGCUUAUGGAUCAGUGUAAAAAGGCAGCAUCUGUCUAGAGAACCUUAGUGCCCUCGUCUUUAGCCACCAAAGUCUAAACAGAACUAAACAGUCAAAUAAACGCCUGUUCCCUGCACUGUCGUUACAGCAAUAUUUAAGUGGGAGUUUUUGCUAUUUGCUAUAGGUAGAUUGUGUGCUAGACAUGUAGAACGGGCAUAGGCUGAAUGAUCGGGUGGUAUUCACAAAGCGUCUCUAUAUAUUCAUUUUUUUUAGUGGUGUUUCUUGACCAUACAGUAAUGAAGAUCUGUAACUAGCAGAAGUGUCAUAUAAUAAAGUAGAAAUACUCCAUUACAUUACUUAAAUAGAAAUGUUGAUUAUCUAUACUUCACUGGAGUAAAUAUUUUUACAUUUUCAUACAAUUAUUUGAAAUUUCUACUCCUAACAUUUUAAAAAUAGCCUUGUUACUUCUAUUUUAUUUCAGCUGGUUUUCAUUCCGGCUUCUCAUCGUUCAAUAAAACCCCUAUCCAGAUAAAUCUCUCCAUCCAGAUAAAUUGAAUCUGAUUGUGAUUGGAUGUAGAAAAGUAUAAACAACAUAUACCAUUCCGACUCCCUAUUGGUUUAUACUGUGAUCCAUCACACUUGCACAUCACAACCCCCCUAUAUAAAGUUUUAACUUUAAUAUAUUUACAUUCUACUAAAAUACAUUAAUUUUCAAUAAGAAUAUAUGCAGCUGAAACAGGGAGCAGUAGCCUAGUGCAUCCAAAAUUAUAUUAUCAACAUUAACAUUUUAAUAUAACAUUAUAGUCAUUAUGGCUUUUAGAAAAAAAGUGUUUUGUGGCUUUAUUUUUUCACCUUGUAUUACUUUUACUUUUAUACUUUAAGUAGUUUUGAAACCAGAACCUUUUUAAACACUUUUACUUAAAGAGUAAAAAGCUUGAGUUGAUACUUCAACUUCUACAGAAGUAUUUUUUAAACCCUGGUAUCUUUAUUUCUAUCUAAGUAAUGAAUGUAAAUAAUACUUUUGACACCUUUGGUAACAAGCAUAAAUAACCUUACCGUGAAUCUGCUGUUCUAAUCUGAGAUGCAUUUGAGAAUACAGACUUUGGCCUGUAAAUUAUGUUAAAUUGAUUUUAGUGGCAUUUAAGACCCAGUCAGCAAUCUAAUAAAUGAAUAAAUACAAUGUAAAUAAAUAAAAUAAUGAAUUAAUAAUUAAGAUAAAGAAAUUCUGACAUGUUUUAUUGUUUACAAUGAUUUAAUUGUGCAGAAUAAGUGCUAUUGCUACAUAAAAAACAAGUAAAUUAAAUGCCGUGAUUCCCGACUGGGCAUUUACCAAACCCGAUCAGCCUUGUUCUUUCUACAUGUUUGCUUUUAGACGUUUUAUCUUUAUGUAUUGAUUUUUUUUAAAGUGACCAACAUUUUAAGGGCUUUUAAAAGCAAUCCUAUCUUUACUAGUGGAAUUAAGCCAAGCCUUUGCACUCGUUUUUUGGUUUAGCAUUUGAAUUAUUGUUGAAUUUUAUAACAGAACUAAAGCCAUGUCUCAAUUGAUAGUGCCUCUAAGUAAUUCUCAAUACAACACAAUGGCCACUGA